CGAUUUCAGCAAACAACAUCUGAUCGAAAAGAGUGUUACAAAUCCUUGUGUGUUAUGGCAUCCAAAAUCGUGGCGACGGCCACCGUGCGCGCUGUAAAGCAACGUAAGUUGCUUCCUAUGAGAGCGGCCUUAUCAUUGACGCCAGCGGCCGUAAAUAGAAUAAAACAACUUUUAGAAGGGAAAAAUGAAUAUAUUGGCCUGAAGGUUGGUGUACGACAACGUGGAUGCAAUGGACUUUCUUACACGCUGGAUUAUGCGUCAACCAAAGAUAAAAUGGACGAGGAAGUUAUUCAGGAUGGAGUUAAGGUUUUAAUAGACAAAAAAGCACAACUUUCAUUGUUAGGAACGGAAAUGGAUUUUGUUGAAACAGACCUCUCGUCAGAAUUCGUAUUCAACAAUCCGAAUAUUAAAGGCACGUGUGGAUGUGGAGAAUCAUUCAGUAUGUAACUGGCAAAGGCAACCACGUGAGGCGUGCUGUAGGUGCUUCGCUACUCAAGGCUGUUUGAUGCUAGGCAAUUGAGCGUGUUAUUUUAGGUUUUUAAUUUAGUGUGAAAAACUGUUUGACUGUAAAUAUGA